GCUUGCUCUGCUUAGUUUGUGGUCGGAGAGGAAAGCUUGUUGCCAGCGGACGAGCAGGAACAGCGUCGCCUGCUGACCGCACCCUGAGCGCCGGGUCACCAUGAGCGUACAAGCCCGGAGAGUCCGUCUGAAACCGUGGCUUCUGGAUCAGGUGGACAGCGGAUGUUUCCCCGGUCUUCACUGGCUCAGUGCGGACCGCCGACUUUUCCAGAUCCCGUGGAAACAUGCGACACGUCACGCGGCCUCGUGUGAAGAGGAAAACACCAUCUUCAAGGCGUGGGCCCUGGAAACAGGGAAGUUCCAGGAAGGUGUGGACGACCCCGACCCAGCCAAGUGGAAAGCCAACCUUCGCUGUGCACUCAAUAAAAGUCGAGAGUUCCAACUUAAGUUUGAUGGCACCAAGGAGACGCCCGUCGUAGCCUACAAAAUUUAUGAAGUUGUUUGCAGCGAUGCCACGGCCGACGACAAUGAUAUGCCAAAUCUGACAGGGCUGGCCAUCGAUUCCAGGCUCUGUGACUCCGCCUCUUUCGUGUCUCAUCCGCCUCCUCCCAGUGAUGUCAGCCAGUUUUGUGUGAAAACGUUUGGACUUCCUCAUCCUGUGAGCUCUGAGCAGAUAUUAGAUGAGGCCCCCAUUGAGGCCUGCUGUGAGGUCCAGGGUCAGGUAGACCCUCCAAACCUGCUCAGCAGCAUCCCGUUAACCGACCUGGACCUGAGGUUCCAAUACCGCGGCCGGGCAAUGGGUUCUCUGACGGUCAGUAACCCUCAGGGCUGCCGGCUGUACUAUGGACAGCUGGAGCCCAACCCAGAGCAGGUGGACCUGUUUGGACCUGUCACCUUACAGCAGGUCCUGUUUCCGGGAACUUCUGAGAUCCCGAGCCAGAAGCAACGUGGAUUCACAGAGGCCCUGCUGAACGUGAUGGAUCGGGGCCUAAUCCUAGAAAUCUGCCAGCAGGACAUCUACGCUCUCCGCCUCUGUCAGUGCAAGGUGUUCUGGUCUGGACCGGGCGUGCCUGAUCAUGGUCAACCCAAUCAGUUGGAGAGGGAGCGGAGGGUCAGGGUGUUCAGUCUCAACGACUUCCUGCAAGGACUGAUCUUAUUCCAGAAAGGUGAAGUGCAGAACGCCCCCCCCUUCGAGAUCUGCUUCUGCUUUGGGGAGGACUGGCCCGACCAGAAACCCAAAGAGAAGAAGCUCAUUGUGGUUCAGGUGGUUCCUGUAGUGGCUCGGAUUCUGACAGAAAUGUUCUCCGGAGGAGACAGCUGGUCCAUUGACAGUAUCCGACUGCAGAUCUCCAACCCAGAUGUGAAGGACCAGACAGUGGAGCAGUUUAAAGAGCUCCAGAGACUCCUCCACAGCCAACAUCUGCAGGCUCCCUGGACUGUUCCCUAGAAAACAGCCAAAGCUGAUCAGAACCAUCCAGGACAUUUUUAGCGUAUUCUGUUAGCAUGCUCACGUCAGUGCUAAUGUUCAUUAUUCGGGGUGUCACGAGUCACUAAGUUCACCAGACGAGACAUUUAAGAAAAGUACAAUGAAAAAAUAUACGACUCAUUUCAUUUCUACUACGUGACGCUCAUCUGCACUCUGUGUGUAUGCUAGCAGCCCCGCCUCCACCCACCCGGACAAAGAGACCGUGUGAGUGACAAAAGGGCUCACUCCGUUCAUGCCGUUGUUCUGUGGAACUCUCUUCCUGCCAGACAUGCACAAAUGAUAUUUAUUGUGUGAUUCAUUCUUUUAUUUAUUAUCAACCCAGGCCUAGUGCCUUCUGAACGUAACAUUUUGUCACGUUUUAAUCUUGUGAGAUCUUGUAAAACCCCAACUUAGGUUGAAUUAUCAACGUUGAAUUCAAAUGUGAAGAUCUGUCGGUGUUUGUACUUUGACCUCUUUAGCUUCUCAAGCCGCUUUUGUAUUUUAACCAACGAUUCGCCUGCAUUCAUUUAGAAAUAUAAAGGAAUAUAUAUAUACGUAUAUAUACAUUUAUAGUGUCUGACAGGCAAUGUGUGAAACAAUAAUGAUGAACAAUAAUACAUUGGAUUUAUUGUGCAUCACAAAGAGAUACAAAGCCUUUUCUUUAAAACAGAAUUGAUAAAAUCG